AUGGUGAAUGGUCUGUACCACAUCUACAAUGUGAAUGAGGAGAACCCUGGCUUCCAGGAGCCACGUGCCAUCUUCUACACGGCCCAGAUCAUCAGCGGCCUGGAGCACCUGCACCAGAGAGCCAUCGUCUACCGAGACCUCAAGCCUGAGAACGUGCUCCUGGAUGAUGAAGAGCAGGUGUGUUUNCUCUCCAAGUGCGAGGCCCUCCGGGACAGCCUGGACCUGGAGUUCCAGAGUGUGUGCUCGGAGCAGCCCAUCGGCAAGCGGCUCUUCCAGCAGUUCCUGAAGGCCGAUGAGGGACAUGUACCUGCCGUGGAGCUCUGGAAGGACAUUGAGGAUUACGACACAGCCGACGAUGAUCUCCGGCCACAGAAGGCCCGGGCCAUCCUGGCUGAGUACCUGGAUCCCCAGGCCAAGUUCUUCUGCAGCUUCCUGGAUGAAGGGGUGAUGGCGAAGGUCCGGGAGGGGCCUGUGGCAAGUGGGGAUGGGCUUUUUCAGUCUCUUCUGCAGGCCACCCUGGCCCACCUGAGCCAGACCCCGUUCCAAGAGUACCUGGGCACCCUGUACUUCCAGAGGUUCUUGCAGUGGAAGUGGCUGGAGGCCCAGCCCAUGGGGGAAGACUGGUUCUUGGACUUCAGGGUCCUGGGGAAAGGUGGCUUUGGGGAGGUGUCUGCCUGCCAGAUGAAGGCAACUGGCAAGAUGUACGCAUGUAAAAAGCUGAACAAGAAGAGGCUGAAGAAAAGGAAGGGGUACCAGGGUGCUAUGGUAGAGAAGAAGAUUCUAGCAAAAGUACACAGCAGGUUUAUUGUCUCUCUGGCCUAUGCAUUUGAAACCAAAACUGACCUCUGUCUGGUGAUGACCAUCAUGAAUGGAGGCGACCUAAGUAGAGUAUCUGGGAUGGAGGACACAGAAAGAGGCAAAGGGUUUCAGGAUGACAGGAAGAUUCUAGACUGCUGGUUGCACACCAGAAUCCAGACUAGAGCAGGUUUCAUGGCCCCUGAACUCUUGCGGGGUGAGGAGUACGGCUUUUCUGUGGAUUACUUUGCCCUGGGGGUCACACUGUAUGAGAUGAUAGCAGCCAGAGGACCCUUCCGAGCCCGGGGAGAGAAGGUGGAGAACAAGGAGCUCAAGCAGAGGAUCCUCUCGGAGGCAGUCAAGUACCCAGACAAGUUCAGCCAGGCCAGCAAGGACUUCUGUGAGGCGCUGCUGGAGAAGGACCCAGAGAAGCGCCUGGGGUUCAGAGUCGGAACUUGUGAUGGGCUCCGUGCCAACCGCCUUUUUAAAGACAUUAACUGGAGACAGCUUGAGGCUGGUAUGCUGAUGCCCCCCUUCAUCCCAGACUCCAGAACUGUCUAUGCAAAGAACAUCCAAGAUGUAGGGGCCUUUUCCACAGUCAAAGGUGUGGUCUUUGACAAAGCAGAUACAGAAUUCUUCCAGGAAUUUGCCACCGGCAACUGUUCCAUCCCCUGGCAGGAGGAGAUGAUUGAGACUGGCGUCUUUGGGGAGCUGAACGUAUGGCGUGCUGACGGGCAGAUGCCUGAGGACAUGAAGGGGGUAACCAUGGAGGAAGCCACUCCCUCGUCUAAGUCAGGAAUGUGUCUGAUUUCUUAGAUGUGAAAGAAAAGGGAUCUCUCUCUGCUGCCUGCAGGGACAAACAGGACUUUGUGAGUCAGUCAAGCCCACCGUGGUGACAGGUAACUCCUUGGAGUCAGGCCGCUGGUGUGGCUGAGAUGCUCACAGUGCGCGCGGUCAGGAGUUAGGAGGCUCAGAGCUACCAGACUUCCCAGGCCUGGGGUCAGGAGCCCCAGCUUAUAAAUAGUCCACUUCUUUUGUCCCAUUUCACUCAAAAAAGAUACAGCAAUGGUUACCGGACAGAAUGCACCAACCAUGCAUAACUCUCCAGGCUCUUGUGUGGAUAUGAAAGCUGGGGUGACAGUGUUGGGUAGCCGGGUCAAAUGGCUGCUCAGAUGAAAGGAUGUUUAGUUUGAGUUUCCUAGCACCUUAAUGCAACUUCCUAGAGCCCUGUCCUGCAGGCGACCGUCUCUUGGUUGGUACAGGGGUUGGCAAACCACAGCCCUCAGGCUCCCGGGCACCACCAAUGAGGCCUGUGGACCCUGGGCUUGACCCCCUUCAUGCUUAGCUCCUGCCCCCAUGCCACCUGGGAACACCCACCUUCUCUCCCUCCCCACUCAGGAGAGGAGUGAAUUUUGUCAAUUGACAAUUAUGGAGGGUUGCUGGCCAAAACUGGGACCCAACUACCUCCUAUUUUGUCUAGAAGCUCUGUGGAAAAGAUGACCUGUCCCUUAAGCAGUUGUGUGUGAUUCAGACAAUUAUUAGGUAUAGGUUCUCUAGUUUUAUGGAGACAUCUCAAGUGUGUUCCUUAGAGUUACCUUAUGCACAUGAAGGACUUUAGCCAUUAAAGCACACUUGGGCUGGUGAAAUAAACCCUCACAGAACAAUCUUUCUUUCCUGCCUGUGUGUGUGGUACUGUAAAGACAUAGAAUGCUCUGGAAGGGUCUUGGAGGGGCCUCCAGUGCUUUUUGGUCUGUGAUCUGAAACUACCACCUAUACAUUGCCCUGGGCAGGCCCAAGAUGAAAGACCCAGAGGCUGAUGGAGGCUGAGCUGUUGGCAGGACAAAUCACUACCCUUCCCUAAGCCUGGCUUUGUUUUCAGAAUGGUACAUAUCGAUUAGGUAAUGGCUAUAAAUUUCAUUUCACUACAUUCUGGCACAAGAAAGAAUUAGUUCUGAUUUUUCUAAAGCCAUUUAUUCUGCUCUAGGUCCCCAUGGCCCUGAAGGAUGAUUUAAGCAGCCUCAGCUGUGUGGUUGGAGGUCUGGCCCUCACCCCUAAGAUCACCAUCGCCAUAUGCUUGUCCAGGCCCAUGGUGCCUGAAGGUAGAGGUCCUUCUUGUCACACCAGAUUCACCAGUAAGGACUGCUCUGCCUUCAUCUUAUGGUUGGAUGGCCAGAUAAACACAGAGCAUUUGUGUAUAUUUGGCCUUCAGAUAAACAACAAAUAAUUUUUUUCGUGUAUGCCUCAAAUAUUGCAUAGGACAUACACUAAAAAAAAAUUAUUCAUUGUUCUUUGGCUAAACAUUUCAUGCCUGUGACUUAAC